GGAGCAAACAACCAGCCCAAAAACGAACGCGCGGCCAUGUUGAAUUGUCAAUAUUUCGAAAGAAGAGACAAAAGAGCGAAAACUCGAUGGAUUUCUCGAAACAGCGAGUAUUUACCGAACUUAAUUAAACCGUCGACGAAACGUUAAGCAACGACACAACGAGGGAAAACUGUGUGUGGAAGUAGCAAAGUGAAGCUAGCAUCGCCUCUCAGGUAACCUGGAUUUUUCUGUUGAGCUGCAAUUCCCAAAGCACUUGGCAGACUGUCAUCUCAACAUUUGCCAGUGAACUAAAGAAAACCGGACAAGGAUUACCACAGACAUUUUGAGUGGACUGUCCCAUGUUUUAGGACAACAUUGCUGGAGUGACUUUUUGAGCAAGUAUUGAGCCCCAGCAAAAAAAACUUUUUGAUGACAAAGAAACGAAUCAUAAGAAUAGUCUUGAGACGUGACCAAGCAGAAUAUAUUUUACUACUGGCCAAUUUGAAUGUACAGAAAUAGCACUUGGAUUUAACGAGCCAAGAUACUCCGAAGAACACAAAAAGAUAAUUCUGAAUUAUACAGCCAGGAUAAAAGUACUGAAAAACUAUUUUGAAAGAAAAGAGUUUAUGUUUUGGUCACAUACUUGAUUUAUUUAUUCAUAUGAAUGUUAAUUUCUCCCUUUUUUGGAGAGUUGUCUUGUAAAUAGACAUAAUUCAUACGCAGACCUCUUCUUUUCAAGAGGUCUUAACGUCAGAUUGUGUAUGCAAUACAUUCUUUAAAAAUCAUCAGACAAGAGUUAUUUUUUUCAGCUUUUAGUUGUUUUUUUACACACGGCUGGGCAAAUAAAACACACUGAAGCAAAAUUGCCAGUGAAUGUGUUGAUCCAAUGGCUACAGCAAGAACAGCAAACCCAGCGCCAAUGAUUGGAUUGAACAAAGCAGCAAAUGGGCAGCUCAAAGGACAGAUGGGACUCCUUUCGAGUGUCCAGCAGUCGUCUGCCCUCCAGAAGAAGACCAGCAUUCCUCAGAGCAGCGGGGGCAUCAAAUUUGGUGAUGACUGGAAGAAGUGCCUGGAUCUGCCUCCGAGAGACACCAGGAUGAGAACUUCUGAUGUGACCUCAACUAAGGGAAAUGAAUUUGAAGACUACUGCCUAAAGCGUGAACUGCUAAUGGGAAUCUUUGAAAUGGGAUGGGAGAAACCGUCCCCUGUCCAGGAGGAGAGCAUCCCCAUCGCUUUGUCAGGCAGAGAUAUUUUGGCUCGGGCUAAGAAUGGCACCGGAAAAAGUGGCGCCUACCUCAUCCCUCUGCUGGAGAGGAUAGAUCUGAAGAAGGAUCACAUUCAGGCCAUAGUAAUGGUGCCAACCAGAGAGCUGGCCCUGCAGAUGAGCCAGAUCAGCAUCCAGCUCAGCAAGCACCUCGGAGGUGUCAAGGUGAUGGCGACCACAGGUGGCACUAACCUGAGGGACGACAUCAUGCGUCUUGAUGAGACAGUGCAUGUAGUGAUUGCUACACCAGGCAGGAUACUCGACCUGAUCAAGAAGGGUGUGGCAAAGAUGGACAGAGCCCAAUUGAUUGUGAUGGAUGAGGCAGAUAAGUUGCUGUCACAGGACUUUGUGGUCCUGAUUGAAGACAUCAUCAGCUUCAUGCCCAAGGACCGUCAGAUCCUACUUUACUCUGCCACUUUCCCCAUCAGUGUGCAAAAAUUCAUGAGCAAGCACCUGAAGAAGCCUUAUGAGAUCAACCUGAUGGAGGAACUGACCUUGAAGGGCAUCACUCAGUACUACGCUUAUGUGACUGAAAGACAAAAGGUCCACUGUCUCAACACACUCUUUUCCAGGCUUCAGAUCAAUCAGUCCAUCAUCUUCUGUAACUCCACCCAGCGGGUUGAGCUUCUGGCCAAGAAAAUCACCCAGCUGGGAUACUCGUGCUUCUACAUCCAUGCGAAGAUGAUGCAGGAGUACAGGAACCGUGUGUUCCACGACUUCAGGAAUGGGUUGUGCAGAAACCUGGUCUGCACAGAUCUGUUUACUCGGGGAAUUGACAUCCAGGCAGUGAAUGUGGUCAUCAACUUUGACUUCCCUAAAAAUGCAGAGACCUACCUGCAUCGCAUCGGCAGAUCAGGGCGUUUUGGUCACCUGGGUCUGGCCAUCAACCUCAUCACUUCAGAAGACCGCUACAACCUGAAGAACAUUGAGGACCAACUGGUCACUGACAUCAAGCCCAUCCCCAGCUGCAUUGAUAAGAGCCUGUAUGUGGCGGAGUUUCACUCUGUUGACCCCGAUGCUGAAGACGACGACCUUGAGAUCGGGGCCAGAAACAAAGACCUGGGAGGAAUCUGAGCAAAGGGAGAAACACGGCGACUGGCAUUCAUCACACAAUAUUGGCUAUGCAUCACACAAGAUUCCAAGUGAUGAUUUCUGUUCCCGAUUUUGCCACCAAGAUGGUCUUUUUAUUUUCUUUUGAUAUAUUUUCACUCCAGUUUGAGUUUACAGCUAUCUGCAGUGUUGUCUGUGCACACUUCUGGUAAACUGCCACUUCAAUCAGUGAACCCUCAGCCACGCUGACCUGACAGAUGCACUCCGUACAUGUGAUAUGGGCUGUUGCUUAGUUCUGUUAUUGAAAUCAGCCACUCUCGACUUUAGAUGAACAUUGUCUUUAACAUUUUUUUUGUACUUUGCUGUGAGAAUGAAAAUGUGAAACCAAAGGUAGACCUGGAGCAUAGAGCCUGCUCACAUUCUCUCGAGGCUCUGGGAACCCCUUUUCAUUCUUAACCAUUUAAACUCAUUGGCUACUUCACUUGAUACACCUGACUUGAUGGCAUGAAUUUGUAAUGGCAGGGAGGUGCUGGCAACAUUCCUCAAGAGAUUGGUUCAUGUUGACAUGAUGGCCUCGUGCUGUUGCUGCAGAUUGGUCCAAUGCCUGUUCAUGCUGUAGAUUGAUUUUUAACCUUCUCUUUCAAGGGCUCUGUUGUAUUAAGGUAGGCCCUGUAGAAAGCCAUUUAGCUCUUUUUGUUUGAAAUGACGUGGUGUGUGAUGAGGCAAGGCAUCCAUAAAAAGAAAUAACCAUUAGAAGAAGGGUAAACUGGCCGUAAUGAGAUGCACAUAGUCCAAAACAGUAUUAGAGAAGGCUUUUGCAUCUAACAAAUGCUCGGAUUCUAUUACUUGCCAAAAAGAAAGAUAGAAUUACUCGACCUCUUUGAUCCUGAAAUGAUGGUUUCAUCGAUUCACUAACUCUGAGCCUACUAUUUGAAUGGCAAGGCAACACUUAUCCAAUCAGCUGCUUUGCAAUGUUGGUGAACCUUUCUCUUCAAGCCGCAGUUUUCUUUCUUUGCUUACCUGUUACACAUGGUUAUUUGUUACUGUCAGCUUGAACCGGUCCAGCCGCUCUCCUCUGACCUUUCAUGCACAAGACAAUUUAGCUGUCUCCAAUGCCACUCGCGUUUAUUUUUUGCCUGUUAACUCAGUUGAUAUGUGGGAAAUUCCCCCGAGGUUAGCGCCAACAAUCAUUCCACAGUUAUAUUUGUUCUUCUAUUAAGAUAUUCGGUCUGGACAACUUAACUGAUUGACCAUGCUUUUAAGCAGAGUGGCUGGUUAAUAUAUUUGCAUGUAUGAGUUGGUGCACCUAAAAACGUUGCAACUGAAAGUUGUCGUCAUUCCAGUUGGUUAUUAUACCAUUUCCCCCAAACAUGUCCUGCAGUCAUUUAACGAUGCAGUGGUUAAAGGAAAAAAGCAGAUUUUCCACAUCCAUAGUUUAACCAAAUUAUUUUGCUUCAAAAGGGAACCAAAGCAGGAAGACAAAGAUUUAAAAAGUAAGAAAAGAGAUUGCUUCAGAAACCAAAACGCCCACUUUACUGAGUGCUGUUUUAAAGAGGGCUGAAAUGACGUUGCAGAAGAGUGUCUGUGACAUUGUGGAGUGACCUGGCUGUUUUUUAUAUUAAAGUGAUUACUGCAGAAAAAGGAGAUUGAAAGACGACAGCAGUGUAAUGUCUGUGACACUGUGGCGCGUUUUGUAGAAGCACAGAUCCAAUUGUGACAAGCCAGUAUUUGUUUCUUUGAUCCCUUUUUUUUCCUAAUCCAUGACCGCCUUUUUCCGGUUUUGAGGUCAUUAGUAAUUAACAUGACGGGACGAGAGGGGCCUGAGAGAAAAUAAUGAAACCAGCCAACUUCUUCAGUCAUUUCAAUGUCGAUACUGUGUACCUUCUUCCCUCCAAAGUGCCUCAAAGGGCCAGCGUGUAGAAUUUAGGGGGAAUUAUUAGCAUAAAUGAAAAAUAAUAUUCAAACUUAUGUUUUUGUUUGAUUAUAUCUACAUAGAAAGUGAGUCCUCUUGGAAAACGAGCGGUACUUGGUUAGUUGAAUCUGCAACCCCAAAGCCAGAUGGCUUAAAAUCCUACACACUGUCCCUUUUUUAAUCUAACUUCAAACCUCCAUUUUGCCCAGACUCUUGAACAAAGUUUGAAUUGUAGGUAAAUCAACACCCAAUACUUAUUCAUUUCAAUAUUGUUUUGCAUAAAGGAUCUUUCAGUUUUUACUUCCUAAUGACAUGUAUUUGUCUAAUGACAAAUUGUAAAUAUGACGAGCUGUCUGAAUAUAUUAUAUACUCCUUGACUUUAGCACAAUGUCAAAAAGGAUGCAGUUAAGAUUUAAAAAGGAUUCUUUUUUAUUGAUUCCUUUGCUGACAAUUGCAUUACUGCUAAGCACCAGCAGAGAAGGCGCCAUGUGUGCCCUCCCCUCAAGCUUCUGAAGUAGUAAUUGGCAUUAAGUAGCUGCAUGUCGGAUUCUGCAGUUCCCCUUGUUUUUGGUUCCCCUUUUUAUUUUUUUUACGUCGUUCCAGGAAACUCUUGAUUCAUUUCAUGACCAUUUUUAGGGUUUUCAACCUGAAACCAUUUUGUUCCAAUCCGUAUUCUGGAGAAAAUAAUAUCUUAAUGACUUGAUGACUGGAUGCUUUAAGUGAAAAACAGACAGGCAACCAUUUUUCUGCUAAUUGUGUCAAUGCCAGCGCCUGAAACAAAUAAAAACUCCCAACUGACUUAA